UUAAUAGCAUUUUUUUCAGAUAAUGAAUCUCAAGACUGAAGCUGUUUCCAUGAAGUGAACAAGAAAAUGUUUAAAAGGACAGGAUUUUUCGGGGGGCUGUGGAAGGUGAAAAAUCCCCAUUCCCUCGAACAUUUGAAAUAUCUGUACAAUGUGCUGUCUAAAAACCAGACUGUGAAUGAUAGCAAUAAGAGUCAGUUGGUUGAAACACUUCGCUGUAUUGCUGAAAUACUGAUUUGGGGAGAUCAGAAUGAUAGUUCUGUAUUUGACUUCUUCUUAGAGAGGAACAUGUUAUCAUUCUUCUUGAAGAUUAUGGAUCAAAAAACGGGAAACAAUUACGUUUGUGUACAGUUACUGCAGACCUUGAAUAUUCUAUUUGAGAAUAUUAGGAAUGAGACUUCUAUUUACUAUCUUCUCUCCAACAACCAUGUCAACUCCAUCAUAAUUCACAAGUUUGAUUUCUCUGAUGAAGAAGUAAUGGCCUACUACAUCUCAUUCUUGAAAACCCUCUCCUUCAGGCUGAACAAGCAUACUAUUCAUUUCUUCUACAACGAGCAUACUCACGACUUCCCGUUGUACACAGAGGCAAUCAAGUUCUUUAACCAUUCAGAGAGUAUGGUCAGAAUUGCUGUCAGGACUUUAACUCUAAACGUGUAUCGGGUGGAAGACGACGCUAUGCUGAAGUUUGUAACAGAUAAAACUGCUGCACCCUACUUUUCCAAUCUAGUUUGGUUUAUAGGAAGCCAUAUUCUUGAUAUUGAUGCAUGUGUCAGAAAUGAUGCGGACCAUCAGAGCUUAAAUAAACUGAAGGUUCUCUCUGAUCAUCUGCUUAAUAGGCUUUUCAUUCCACUGUACAUGUACUCUUUAGCAAGGACGUGUGCUACAAGUGUUGAAGAGUUGAAACCCUUUGUAUCUCCAGUAGUUGCUCUUUUCCUUCUUUGUCAAGUCUUUCUGAUCAUCACCCACUACCCACUUGUGAGAUUACUAGCCUGGAUUAUCGUGGCCGGGGAUUCUGAAGUGUUUACUGAGCGUGGAGCAACUUUAUACAUUACAUCACCCAGCAGAAGACCAAGGGUUAAGCCUAGCUUUAUGGCCCCCCCGGACAGCCUUGACAAAUUAUUGGAGGCCAACAUCAGAGGCACAACCUCGGAAACUGAUUCUGAUGUAGAGUUUGAGGGAAGUAAUACCGGAAGUAUCACUAGACUCACCCUUCUUCCUUCUCCUUUCCGGCUUCCUUCCGCUACUGCCUCGCAGAGUGACACAGUGUCCGCUAUGUCGAUAUCUGACGAAGAGAAACUACGUCUUGCAGGAGUACAGGAUGUAAGCCUUGAAUCCCGUCCGUUUCUUGCAGCUCUCUUUCAAUUCUUGGAUCAUUCAGACAAUGAUUAUAUUCAACUCUUUGCACUGUGUCUAAUCUACUCCAUGCAGAUAAACACCGGGAUCAACAAGGAGUUGCUGGAGUCCGUUAAUAUCUAUGGAGUCAAUUCACGAGGGAAAAAGGUGUACAAUGUUCAUUUGAUGGAGAAAUACAUAAAGUUGGUAACAGCAGGCUGUCAGUAUGGUAGCAGAGUGAGACUUGUAACAUUGGAACUCCUCAUCAAAUCAAUCAAAAUUAUGGUGCUGAAGGAUGGUAAAAGUAUUCUUGAAGAUGGACAGUUUGCUGCUCUGGAGGGGGCCAGGGAGGAUAGUACUCUAAUAUUGAGGCCAUUAUUUCGUACUCCGCUGACCGGUAUUGAGUUCCGCAAGCGGUUACCUUGCGGUGAGGUGGAGAGGGCUAGAAGAGCAAUAAGGACGUUUUUCUUACUCCGGGAUAUAUCUCUAAGUCUGCAAGGAGAACAUGAGACCAGUUUACCCUUAUCCAGCUCUGAUAGCUGUGUAAGUGAAGGAUCUGUCUUGGAUCUUAACAAUUCUGAUCUUUUGGCACUUACUGUUGAAUACAAGGAUGGAACAAAGCAGCGGAGGUUUCUUGUCGUGGACUCACUUCAGAUUAUACUGAUAGAACCAGACGCUCAUAGGUUGGGUUGGGGAGUUUCUAGAUACUCUGGAUACCUUCAAGACCUGGAGGUGAUGAGUGAUAAGGAGGAUUCAAGGAAACAUAUACACACACAAUAAAAACUUUCUUUUCUU